GAUCAGCUGUUGAAUUACCGUAAAUUUUCUUGUUAAUGAUGGUUGGAAUUACGAAAUAAUUAGUGAAUUUGAGGACAAUUGGUCAUCAUGAAUCGAGCGGUCAGUGUUUCCAACAUGGAGAAGCUCGCUAGGUCCUUUGAGGCCUUGAAAAAUCACCAGCAGAGUUCGACAUCGGCUGAUGAUACGAGCACCAAAGAUGCGAAGAAAAAAGAUGUAACGCUAACCAAGAAGGAUUAUAUUGCUAACCUGACCGUGAUUGCAGAAGGGAUUUCUACUGCCAAUUUCAGAUCACUUGGAGAAUUUCCCAAGUUUCUUGGGAUCGCCAUGGAGAUAUUUUUGACGUCCUGUAACGAUAGCGAGUCAGAUAUCAGACUGAAAGCAGAUGAGUGUCUCAACAAGGUCAUAAAGGCUUGCAUGGAAAGCAGUUUAGGUCGGCUGCAGUUAGAGCUGUACAAAGAAAUUAAGAAGAAUGGACCUUCUCGAAGUCUUCGUGCAGCCCUAUGGAGAUUUGCAGAGAUGGCCCACCUGAUCCGCCCUCAGAAAUGCAGACCUUACGUCAUCAAUCUCCUACCAAGUAUCGCCAGGAUAUCCAGAAGACCAGAAGAUAUUGUUCAGGAAGCCUUGAUGAAUUUCCUCAUCAAAACUCUUCCAGUUCUAGGCACCUUUCUUACAGACACAGAAGUCAAGAAUCUGAUGAAGGUGUUAUUCCCGAACCUUAAGCACACCUCGGCCACCACAAGGAGAACAGCAGCUAGGUGUAUUGUCUUGAUCUGUCAGUACGGUCGCAAGCCUGCCCUCUACUUCUCAUGGCUUGUGCAGGCUCUACUCAUGUUUGUAAUACCUGUGAAGGAGAGCUUCCCGGUUCAGAUCCACCUUGGUGUCUUGCUCUGCUUGCGUUACACCGUCCCUCACCUGGUCAUGCAGAGGGCAAAAGAACAAGGGUUAAAGGGCAGCUUUGGGGUCACCAAGAAGGAAGAGGAGACUGGAGUCAAAGAUGAACAACUUGUAAAGAUCUUUGAGUACCUGAUCCAUUGCACCAGGCACGCUGACCACAACGUCCUGACUGCAACACUGGAUGCCCUUCAGCAGCUCUUGAAGGACCCUCCCAAACCCUUACUGGACAUCCUGAUGUCCAAGGAGGGGAUUGCCAAGAUCAGCAUCUAUGAAGACAAGGAGAAAGGGUCUCCGAAGGAUGGAGAAGGGCCUGCUGGAUCAACCACAGAAGGUGAGGAAGGUAGCACCUUCACGACCGACUCGGGUCUCGAUGAAGACCAGUACUCUACAUCAGCACCAUCAGAGACCUCAUCUUCCGGUCUAGCGACCACACCCACCUCCGCCCGGUACUCGACCACCAGUCUAGAGUCCAUCCCCUCCUCUCUCUAUGCCGACGCCCAAUCGGGCCGCACCUCCCGUGACCUCUCCGCGUUCGGUGACCAGAGCAACGCCAGUCUGGCCGAUCUUGAGACCGAGACCUCAGAGCUCGUCAUGGAUGAUGGAACGUCCGAUUACUCCAAUAUGGCGAUCGGUGGUGUGGAGGACAAUGGAGGAGAUGUUGGAAGGGUAGGGUCGGAGGGUGUAAUGGAGAAUGGUGGAGAGGAGGUAGAGCAAGGCAUUGAGGCAGAUGAUUACGCUGCUACAACGCCCUCUAGUGAUGAGGUCUUGGACAGUCCAGGAGAUACAGAUGAUAUCAGUCCUAUACGGGACAGGACUGCCACCAUUGAAGAAGGCUCACCUGAUGUAGAAGUAACAUUUAGACCUGGAGAUAUUGGAUGCUAUACUGAUGAGGACUUGCCCCUGCGUCAUCUCUUACGUCUACUGUCCAGCUCUUUCCUACUGACCGGUUACCAGGGGUCACUCAUCCCUGACCGCAAGGCUAGGGUCAGCGUGAAGGUACUGGCCAUGGGCUGUGCUGGUCAUAUCAUCGGCAUGUACCCCAGGCUUUUCUUUGACCGUCUCUUCAAAGGAACAGAAGGAGGAGUCAAAGUAGAAGAUGAGCAAUACAUCCGUGACCUUCUUCUGUACGUGGGUCACUCUGACCCCCAGCUGAGAGGACAAACCUUACUGCUGAUUGGUCAAAUGUUGAAGGCUUCUCUGAUUGAAUCCAAUUACCUGUACACUGAUUGGUGCUGGCGGAUAUGUGAAGAAAGUAAUACAGAUCCAGUAAGCAUUGAGUAUCUGGUGUCCCUGCUCUCCACAUCGGUCUCGGAUGAUUCCUCUGUCACUGCAAGAAGUAUAUGUCAAUCGGCCAAGCUGUGCCUUCAAGAGCUAUGCAGAAGUUGUCAUGGCAAUUUAGGCCUGACGUUGACCUAUGACCUUUUGAAACUGUCCAGUACCACGUAUUGGUUGGUUCAAGUGGAGCUAAUGGAAUUGAUUAGUGGAUUUGACUUCAAACUGCUUCACUAUCUUGAGGCCAGGAAAGUGGAGGAGCUGAAGAGAGGAUACACGUUCAUGAGAGAAGAUAUUCAGAGAGUAGUCCUAGAGGAGGUGGUUCUCAAGCUCAUAGGUAGUGAAGAUGGCAGGGUCAGAACUGCAGCUGGAGAGGCACUUUCCAAACUUGUACCAAAGCUGUUCUACCCAGUGGACCAACCCCACCAGGAAUCCAUCUCUUCCCUAGCCAAGGUCCAUGUGUCCCGCUACCUGGACCCUGUGAUGAGGGACCUCCAGCCAUACACUCCGGCCAUCACAGCCACCAUGGAAAGCCUGCCGGUGUUCCAAAGCAGAUCUUCAGAGGGAGGAUGUGCGUUCUCUGAAUCGGCUCUCUCCAGGAUGGUAUCUGUUCUCUUUGAUGUCAUGAGCAACACCAUGUCCAGAUACAGCACUUAUGGGUGUGUACGUGCCCUGGCCAGACUCUCAAGCAGUUUCCCAGUGACACAGCACCCUAGUGCUUGGGGCUGCUCUCAGAAUCCUUCCUCUCUGUCUCGCUCUCAUGAUGGAGGAAGCCAUCCCAAGCUACAGAGGCAAAGCAGUCUCACAUACAAAGGAGGAUCAGGCACUAGCAUUGGAAGCACAGGUAGUGGAGUAAGUCCUGAGGAGUUGGCUGGAGGGACUGGAUGCGGGAGUCUACCACUGGUUGUCUCUCUUCUCACCUCCUCUGUAGCUAUGCUCGACCUUGCGGCCCAGCAUGACAUGCUUCAAUUGGCCACCAAUCUACUUCUAGGUGCUGCUGCCAACUCUCUCAAGAGCAGCAUCUCCAAGAAGAUGACCUCCCCUGCGACCUCUCCAUCCCAGGAGGGGGAGGGGAGCGGAGAGAGCUGGCAAUGUCUCAACAAUCGACUCCUGGUGCCCAUCGUGGAGCGCGUCUUGCUUCAUGUCACGCGCCUGGUCAGCAUCUUCAGUCAUGUGAUCGAUAACCACCAGCCUGGCCCCGCCAAGUCACAGACUGCUCUACCAUCCCUCCCAGCUGGCCCUUCUCUUAGUCCUAUCAAGAGGAAGAGUAAGAUAGGAAGGGACAAAGACACACCAGACCAAUCACCAACAACACCUCAGAAUCCCAACAAACCAACACCAGAUAAAUCUGAUACAUCCGAGGAGAAGAAGUCCACCAAGUCUAGCUAUGGAUCCUUCUACCAGCAUGCACACUACAUGAGGAUAUAUGAAACAUUGAGAGGAGCUUACAAAAACUAUAAGGCAACGUUAGAGCUCACCAAACCUGACAAGUUCUGCCUCUUGCUCAAGAUGUCUUUAUCCUGUCUCGGUCAGCUACUUGAGCUAGCUUCCAUUACUGAAGUGGGCCAUUAUGUUGAGGAAAUUUUAGGCUAUCUCAAGUCUUGUGUCACCAUUGAACCUACGAUGACCAUAUUGUGUGUUGAACAGCUCUUGAAGGCUCUAUUCUUCACCAACAUGGCCAGCGCUCAAGACCUCUCCUCACCUCACCAUGCUCGUAAGACUGGUAAAGCUGCUCGUCUGACGUCCAACAUGAAACCAGGGCUGUAUCAUGAUUGUUUCAUCGCACCCUACACGCAGUACACUCAGUGCUUAGCUUCAAUGGGACCUAAGCUGACGACUACUCCGGAUACAGAGAAUGAAAGCGUUGGGGUAUUUGGUUGGAUCAAGACAAGAGCAGACAGACGAGCUAGUAUGACAUCAAAGAGUAGUAAAGACAAGACUGCAGUUCAGAACUACAUCCGUCUGUUUGAGCCUCUAGUGAUCCGGGCCCUGAAGCAGUACACGGUCAGCAGCUGUGUGGUCCUACAGCAACAGGUCCUACAUCUCCUGGCCCAGCUGGUCCAACUCAGGGUCAACUAUUGCUUGCUAGACUCAGAUCAGAUUUUCCUGAACUUUGUUAUAAAGCAGUUUGAGUACUUAGAGGAAGGACUUGUCAAGGGAUAUGAAGUGCUGAUUCCACACAUCUUCAACUUCCUAGUUCUGUUGUCAUACGAGAGGUUUCACAGCAAACCGGUCAUCGCCAUGCCCAAGAUCAUUCAGCUGUGUGACGGCAUCAUGGCCAGUGGACAACAAGCCUCGACCCAUAUUGUCCCAGCUCUGAAGCCCCUCGUCCAUGAUCUCUUCAUUCUGAGAGCCAACAAUAAAUCAGAAUCAGCCAAGGAGUUAGACACACAGAGGGAGGUGGUGGUUUCUAUGCUGUUGAGACUCAUCCACUAUAGCCAGGUACUGGAGAUGUUCACAGCAGUUCUACAGCAGGCACAUCGUGAGAACGAAGAGAAGUGGAAACGACUUUCCCGACAAGUUGUAGACAUGAUACUCCCGCUUCUGGCCAGGCAACAGAUUAACCUGGACAGUCCAGCUGCUCUUGAUGUCCUUCACCAUCUCCUAGGGACUGUAGCUCCGAGCUCCCUCAGGCCUGUUGAUAUCCUUCUAAAGGCUCUUCUCUUAGUUCCUUAUGAUCAGGUUAGCAUUGUAUCCAUGCAGCGUUGGCUUGCCAUGGCUCUAGCCCUGCUGGGUGUCUUGACCACACAGUCCAAGGAGGAAACCAUCCUGUCUCGUCUCCAGGAGCUAGGCUUGACCUCUGACCUCUUCAUCUGUGUCCUGGACCCCCAGCAUACAAAGGAGGAUGCUCUCAACGCCAACAUGACCCCUCCUGAGGAGGUUCUAGCGAGAUUCUUGCUGCAAAUUGUAGGGUUCACUGUCACCACUGUACAGAGCUUACGAUUCUCCAAGUCUAUAGAUGUGUCAGGUGUUCAGUCACAUGACUUCCUAGCACAGGAGCUGUCCAGGCUGCUUUUGUCUAUGACACACAUGUUCAAAUCUGGAGCUUUCAGAAAAGUUGGAGUAAUGAUGGCUAGUCUAAUCUCCAGACCCCAGCAGUCAAAAUGCUGGUUUGCUCUAGAUCAUCUCAACGAAGUAUUCCAUUCACUGAUACAGACAGACCCAGUACUGGUGCUACAAUGGUGUCAGCUGCUCCUUCUGCUGAACUACGACUCCACCGACUGGUGGAUGCGGAUCCUGCACACACCCAAGAAGCCCCCUCUCUCUAAGUCCAUGUCUUCAGGGAGCCUGGAUCACCUGGAGACAAACCUGGAGCCAGAGCUCUCCACGGCGGAGGAGGUGGUCAAGCAAGGAGCCCUCGUCCUUUUCUGUGAUUAUGUGUGUGAGAAUGAGGCUGAUGCUGAGCCUCUAUCAUGGCUUGUAGUCAACCAUGUCAACGACAUCGUGCAGCUCUCAUAUGAACUCCCUGUUCAAGAUCUUGUAAGUGCAAUUCAUCGCAACUCGGCCGCUAGCGGUCUCUUCCUUCGUGCAAUAAACAUUCGAUUCAGCCACAUGAACAACCCAUGUCUUGUGAGACAGACCCUGAGGUUACUAGACGGCAUUCACCUUACACAGUCAGGUAUGCUUCUCACCCUCCUGAUUGAGAAGUUCCUCACCACCCACUGGCAGUCGGUUGGCCGCGUGGCCAGCGGGCUAGCAUGCAGGAGAGUGGAGAUGCUGCUUGCUGAGAGAGUAGAUCAACACUCAAAGACACAGCUCACCCACGAAGAACUGACGAAGCUGGAAGGCUUCAUAACCUCAAACAGGCUGGCUCAAAAGAACCAGAGGUUGAUGUCUCUACUGAGUAGAAUAAAGCUUGACCUGACUGUGGAGGAGCCAGCUCAGUCUCCCCCUGACCUGCCCACCGACUUGCCAAAGAAUCUUGCAGAUGUGUUCCUGGAUAAGGAGUGGUAUGUAUCUCACGUAGAGUCGUGUUGCUGUGGAAACGGUCCGGCAUCAUCCAGUAGAGACUGUGCUACCAUGUUGUCCAGGCUUUCCUAUGAAGACAUCCUGGCCAUCAUGACGCGUGAGGACUUUGACCACACACUAAUUGGCGAGUGCAUCAGCUUAGGGUUAGCUCGCACCCAGGUUGGAGCAUCUGAGCACGGUCAAACCCCAUCCAGUGCUCAGCCCCCCAACGCUACCCCAUCCAGCACCGCACCAUCAUCAGGUGGUGAACAUCCCUCGCAGGCCACGCCCCUCGACGCCCUCCUGAAGGCUUCCAUGCCAACCCUCAUCACGCACCUGAAGGCGUUUGCUGCCCUCGUCCCACGGCCGCAUCAGAUCCUGGAACUGGCAUCGGAGAGUCAGGAGGCGAGGGAUUACUAUUCCAAGAUGAUGGAAUGUUUCCAGGAUACCUUGUGGUGUAAUCAGCUGGAUGAUAUCAUCUGGGCGUUAUCUCGAUACUUUGUGGCUUGUAGGACGUUGAAGCUUGAUUUGGAUAUGGAAGCUUCUGAAAGCAUGAUGUCUCUCACUAUCUCAGCACUAGAGUUGGUGAGUUGGAGUAUAUCGGAGGGUAAACCGAUAUCCUCUGCCCAAGCUCUCCAUUCCAUAGAGUGUAUCGCCGAAAUACUCCAGCACCCUGAGCUCUCAAUUGUGAUUGGUGGUUCCGAUCAUGUGACUUGGUUCUGUUCAGCUAUUGGCUGUAUCCAUCACAUCAUUCAAGCAGGGAAAGUGUGGAAGGAAGAACACGAGCCUUUCACUGUGCCAAAGCUUCAAGAAAUGCCUGGCUCUGAUUCAAGGUUUGACCACCAGCUCCAAGCCUGUCACCGGAUAUCUGAACUCGUUGAACUCUUGAACGAGAACCCGUCCCCUAAGGAUGAACAAGCCUACCUCACCAAGACGUCUCAAUUCCUCAGAGAACCCAUCAGGAGGGUAAUGGUUGGCCUCGCCCGCUUGCCCCUGGUUAAUGGGUUCGCUAGGACCCCUCCCCUUCUGUGGAAGAUGGGGUGGUGUCCUAGCCCCCUGGAGCGGGCUCAAACGAACCUGCCCCCUAUCCCCCUGGAGUUCCUCAAAGAAAAGCCGGUGCUCAGGAGCUUUAUACAGCGGGUCAACUCAAUAGGAUGGACAAGUCGUUUCCAGUUUGAGGAGACAUGGGCCUCACUGCUAGGCCUGUUGAAUCCUGCUGAGAAUCCGGAAGAUGUCAUGUUGGAGGAGGAGAUGGAGCAGAGUGAGUUGAUGUGUCUAGCCAUACGAGGGAUCUCUUCCCUGCUCCUGAACACCAUCCUACGCCCCUCUGCCGGUAAUCCCAUCAACAGUCGACCCCUCUGUAUCCCACGACACGACAGCUUGCCCUUCCUCGCCACCCAGAAGGGUCAGAGGUUAGGUCGGCUCAGGGUACUCGUGGAACGAGAGAUGCAAGCUAUGCAGUCAACAAGGUCUCAAAAGACUUUGGUACCUGCUACGAGUACAGCCAUGGAAGGACCGUUUGAUGAGAUGCUGACAGCUAACAUGGAAACGGAGGGUACUCAGGACCAGUUCACCUUGGGACAGAUCUCUGUCCAUGGCAUCUGGGCCAUCAACAACAUGAUGCUACCACUCACUGAAGACCCGAACCAGAACCGGUCAGAAGCCAGCAUCAUCCCCCUGGGUCGUACGGCCAUCCCCGCUGCCCUCAGCAGGGUUCCGUCCAAUCUCGAUGUCCACUCCUGUCUGGUGUUACUCCUUGAGGUGUAUGGUCAGUGGCUUGCCCCUGGCUCGGCCCGCCGGACAUCGCUCAUGCUCCUCUGUGAGACAAUCAAGUCGGUACUGCUAAUUUCUGAUGUCUUCACUGAGCGAUCUCAGUUUGAAUGGAUGUAUGAGACUCUGCUGGAGCUUAACAAGAUUCAUCCUGUGGAAGACGAGUUAGUCACGCAGUAUGUGAUUCCAGGCAUCUGUAAAGCAGCUUCCGUUUUAGGAAUGGACAAGGAUGUCUCUGAGAAGGUCAGCAAGCUACUUGAGGUCACGUUGCGGAGCACACAUCUUCCGAGCCGAGUGGGGGCGCUCUACGGGGUGCUUUACAUUCUAGAGUCUGAUGCUGUAGAGGAUAUUCAAGUCUUUGUUCCUAUGGUUACUGAUUACAUCGCUACGAACAUCAAGGCCAUCUCAAAUAGCAGUAGUUCAGCUUGUCAGAAGCAUGUCUUGGUGAUGCUAUCAGUAGGGUUUUACAUCAUGGAAUACUACUCUGAUCUUACUGCAGGAUCAGACUUCACCAAGGUCAUUCUCCAGCAAUGUGUAACGAUGGUGCUUAUGAGUGAUGAAUCUACAUCCUGGUUGGUUUACCAUGCGAUUAUGGUCGGCUUUGAGAGACUCCUGGUGGCACAUGCACUGGGCUCUCAGGAGAGAGAUAUGCUCAAGAAGCUCAGCGUUGACAGGUUGUGUCUGCCCUCCCCCAUGCAUGCCCUGUCAGCAUUAGGCCUGCUACUGACAAGCAUGUACACUGCUGAAGAUGGCAGAGGGGUUUCGUCAGAUGAUGAUGACAUCCACCAACAGAUGCAACCCCAGGACCCGGAAGAAAUACUACUUGCCAUGGAGAGAGUCUCCAUCAUGUUUGAUAGGAUACGGAAGGGAUACCCAUCAGAAGCGAAGGCCGUUGCGUUCAUCCUCCCUCCAUUCCUGAAUGACUUCUUCCCACCUCAGGACAUCAUGAAUAAGGUGAUAGGAGAGUUCUUAUCCAAUCAGCAACCCCAUCCCCAGCUCAUGGCAACAGUCGUCUUCAAGGUCUUUGGUAACCUCCACCGGAAUGGCCAGACCCAGUCCGUCCGUGACUGGGUGAUGCUAUCGCUCUCCAACUUCACACAGCGUACACCGGUUGCCAUGGCAAUCUGGAGUCUGACAUGCUUCUUCAUCAGUGCCUCCACAAACAAAUGGCUCAGGGCCUUACUGAGUCAUGUCAUUAAUAGGAUGGGCAAGUUGGAGCCUGUGGAUCGCAAGUACUUUAUCCUUGCAGCCAAGGAUUUCUACAAUACUCAGGUAAUCGAUGAAGCAAGUCGGAGAGCCUUCACCGCUACAUUCCAAGCAGUCAGCACAACGGAUGCUGCGUAUGCACUACUUGCCUAGAUAUCACUUCAGACUUUACCUACUGGUAGCUGAAAGUUCUAAAGAGGAAUGGUCCUGUUUAAAUAGGAUAUCAAUUACUGGUAGUAUUGGAUAUCACUUCAGACUGAACCAGAACCUUCCCUAGCUGAUAUGUCUAGAGAGGAACGGUCCUGUUUAAACAGGAUAUCAAUUACUGGUAGUAUUGGAUCUCAACCUUACCUAGCCGAUAGGUCUGGAGAGGAACAGUCCUGUUUAAACAGGAUGUAAAUCUCACUUCAGACUUUACCGGUACCUUCCCUGGCUGAUAGUUCUGGAAAGGGACGGUCCUGUUUAAUAAAGAGGAUAGCAAUUAUCGGUAGUAUUGGACUAAAAUGUUCUAGUGAAACUAGAAAUAUUUGUGGAGUGCCAGGAAUUUCAAGUCUGACACACAUGAGUGCUAUUAUUAUUAUUUCUAUAAGACAGGUAUCCCCUGAACCUGUACUAUUCACAAUGUAAACAAUGAAGAGUUUUUGUGAUACAAAUUUCGAAUAUACUUUAUGUUCAAAUGAUGAUGCUAGUAUGAAAAGUGUCUGUAUGUGGAAGAAUAAGAUUGAAUGAAUAUAUACACAGGUAGUAGUAGAAUAAGAAGCAGAGUGAAAUGGAGUUACUGUAUUUAUUCACAUUAUUUCUAUGUUUUGGGUACUUUGGUUUAAAUAUAUACACUUAUCUCAUCAGGAGCAACAUAUCAUUUUAUCAAAAGAAAGCUAUGAUUAUCAUUCCCUUUGUGUAUAUGAGUUUUUGCAAUUCAGAUAUCUAUCUCUAUUAUUAUAUUCAAAUUGCUAUUAGAAAGGUUCACAGUAUAUAUGUCUUUCACAAUAAUGGUUUGUUUUAUCUAUAUAUAUAUGUUGAUUUGUUGUGCGUAUGUAGAUUCUGGUAUGGUUUUAUAUUGUCAAGUUUCACUCUCAAUCAAAUUAAAUAAGAUUGUGGAUGAAUAAAAGAUGGUAUGGUUUUACGUCCAUGUAUGGUUCCUUCAGAAAUAUCCUCUGCUAUUACUAUGUAUGAAACAUCAACUCUUUCGAUAUAUAUCUUAAAGUGAUUGCAAAGUGGUCUACAGUUAAGGUUUCCUACAGUGAGUAACUGGCUACAGUACACGUAACCUGAAGGUGCUAUAGGGUUAUUUAAAUAUGAAACCGCUUUCUACUUACGGUACUUGUUUCGAUAAUUUGAUCAAAUGUAAAGGGACAAUAAUAAGUAUAGAUUCCUGUCCUACUGUUUUAAGAUGAACUUUAUAGGUGUAUGUCACAACUAAGAUAUUCACCAUUUGAAUUUUGUGUAUUGUCCUGUCUUUCGUGAAUACACAGAUAAAACCAUUAUGAAUGAAUGAAUGAAUUACAAAUAUUGUGCUUCACAGGCUUUGCUGGUAUGUAUGCAGUAAUUAUUUAAGAAUUACGAUUGUGGUAUACACGAUAAAGUUGCAGUAUUGUGGAAUAUAUUUUAGAAUUGGUAUUGUUUUGAUUAAUACAGCUUAGAAGGUACUCAAAAUAACAAUGUACAUGAAACAUCAAUGAGUUGAGUUGAAUCAAGUAUAUUUUGUGUGAUUUUUGAGCUAUUUUAUCGAGAGAUGAAAUGUCUGUCAUAAUAAAUUAUAUAUCCAAUUGCCAUUAUUAAGACAUGUACAUGACUUUGGUGUAAUCGUUGAAGUAAAAGAGAAUCAUUAAAAAUCAUAGAUCUUAAAAGGCCCAUUCAUGUAUUUCCAAUUGAAUGUUAGCUAUAAGUCUGCUCAGAAUUUUGUAAGAUAUGCACUGUUUUAAAGCCAUUCUGUACUAGACGCACCACUGCAAAGUCCCCUCUAGCGCCAUCUCAGGUCAGAUGUAACAUACUAUGGUCCCGUAACUGCUGCUUCCUUAGCUGCGCUGCUGGUUCCUGGAUUUAAUCCUCUUUCUACAAAGUGGAAAUUAGGUAUUGUGUUACUCACUGUUGGCAAGUUGACCAAGAGAUGGCGCUGUGCAAUAAACUGUACGCUAGGGCAGAACGUUCUUCAGUUCAGUAUUGCUUUAAUAUGAAUGUUUUUUGUAACAAGGAUUGAGUGAAAAAAGUGAAAAGAAAAUGGGAGGAGGGGUAUACAUAACUUCAACCUCCUUUAACAUGUACACUGUACCUGCUUCAUUUAUGCCCCAUCCCAGAUAUUUAUUGUAUUUAUAAGUUUCAUUAAUUGGAUGGAGUGAAAGACCUCCCCCCUUCCCCUCCCCCUCCCCCUUCCCCUUCCCCACAUACUCUUACCUUACCAUCAUUAUUGAUAUAAUAUUGACCAUCAUAGUGCUACAUGUAGCAUCACAUAAGAUGCGUUGUGUGUGCUGCAAGUAGCCGAGUACUAUUAUGCUAUUAAAGGCAAUACACAAAGAGUAUUAUACAUGUAUGAACAAAUGUAUUUCCAUUGCAGUAAGAAAAUUAUUUAGAACAUUUUAUGGUCUCAUGUUUUAGACAAUUCAGAGCUAUAACUUUAUUACUUUCUCAAUUUAUGUUGCAUAAGUUGUAUGGUUUUACAAAAUAUACAUAUACAUGCUUUUAUACAUUAUCUUUUCGAAACGCACGGGCACUGUGUGAUUUGAUGUUUAGCUAUAACAAGGAAUGGAAACAUGACAAACUUAAAUGGCAUCACUACUUGGAAGAGCAAGUGUAUGAAUUCCGAAGCAACAAUUAUUCAAUUAUUUAACACAUUCACUUGAGAACUUGUAAGAUGUUUCUCUCUAUAACUUUUCUUUGAUUAUAACAUUGGUGGUGUGAUGGUUUGUGUUUAAUACUUGACUGCUAAGAAAGCAUGUCCAUGCUUGUAAGUAUAAGCAAGCAGCUAGUGGAUUCCUCCCUGAGGGAAUUGGUAAUAAGGAAUAAUACUUUUUAUACAAAAGGGCACUAGAGCAUCAACAUGGUUUCAAACCUGGGACCUCCAGGUUAUGUGUGUAAGUCCACUACUUCACACUAAGUUCAGUAUCGCGCCUAUCGCCUCUUGAUUAAAUACAAAUUGUAAAAAGGAAUGUGAUCUUUUUAUGCUUGCCAAACUUGUAAUUCUGCUCCUAAAAAAGUUCACACUGCUUGCCAAAUUUGUAUACGAUUGAUUAAUAUAAUUACACAAUCUGCAUGUUUAAAGAGGUCAAUUAUUUUAAUAAUUUGUUCAGCCUUGUCUAAAUCAAUUACUAUUUUUUUGAUCCGAUAUUCAAAUUAGAUAUCAAUGGAAUUUAAUGUUACAUCUACAUGUUGGCAUGACAUCAGAGUCAAUUUUCAGGCUUACUGGGUAUUAAACCUAUACUCUAUGUCAAUACGUUCCUCUAUGAUCUUCUGCACAGUGACCUCUUGAAUUUUUUUUCGUAUAUUAGGUCAUAGAAUGUUGAACGAGUCUAAUAGCCAGUUCAGGCUACAAGAAAUUUAUAUGAAGAAACGUAUAAAGAAACAUAUAAUCAUCAUUUAAUGAAAGGGGGGUACAAGCAAGAAAAAAGAAAUUGUACAAAGAAACGUAAUAAGUAUAGCUACAGUCUUUUCAAGAAAUCAAUUGAUAAUGCCCUCACAAGAAGCCCCGCCUAGUCAUACAAUUUUCUUAUGAUUCGUCGUUCAGACUAGAUCCGGACCCUUAAUCUAUAUUGAGUUUUUGUUUUAAAUGAUGCUCAGAUGAUUACGUGUUUCACUAUACAAUGAUUUUGUUACACGUUUCUUAAUAAGACAUUCAGACUAUAGAUAAAGAUGAUUAGAUAUAUUGUGUAUAGCGAGAUGUAUAUGACUAUCUUACAGCUAUAAAUACUUAUGAUUCUCUGAACAUUAGAAGGAGAUAUAGUGUUGUCAAUGAUUGCAAAAUGGAAAUUUAUCCAUUCUAUUGAAAAAAUAAUUAUUUGAUGUCUUGUUUUUUCUUGAACAGAUAUAAAAAUCAAUUAUAAUGAUUAUUAUCAUGUGAAUAAUAAGUAAUAAAACUGUAUAUUGAGAACGAAAUAA